AAAGCACAGUUGUGGUUCAGCCCAUUGAGCUGUUCCAUUGUUUGUGUAGUUUGAGAGGGACAACUGGAAAGCCACUUGGACUCUUCCUUAAGCAAUGUCUUAAGACAUUUCACGCUAUUCUUAUCAUACUAACAUCAUGUCAAUAAGUCAAGAAAGUGAAAUCAGGAGGAAUGUUAGGAUGCUUUUCUUUAGGAACUUUUCUAUUCAGUUGCCAAUUGUUCUACUUCUGCUUCAACUACUCCAACUAAAUUCCUGUGCAGAAUCAGAGCCAGAUAUAGGAAAAACCCCGGACGGAGCUUCUACUUUAGCAUUUGUUUUUGAUGUCACUGGAUCCAUGUAUGACGACUUAGUUCAAGUGAUUGACGGCGCAUCAAAGAUUUUAGAAACAUCUUUAAACAGACAGAAAAAGCCGCUGUAUAAUUUUGCUCUGGUGCCAUUUCAUGAUCCAGAAAUUGGCCCUGUCACAAUUACAACAGAUCCAGAGACAUUUCAGAAUGAACUUAAAGAACUCUAUGUACAGGGAGGAGGAGACUGUCCUGAGAUGAGUGUGGGUGCUAUUAAAAUUGCAUUGGAAAUAUCUCUGCCGGGAUCUUUUAUUUAUGUUUUCACUGAUGCCAGAUCCAAGGACUACCAGCUUGCCAGUGAUGUGCUACAACUGAUACAGCAAAAGCAAUCUCAAGUGGUGUUUGUGCUCACUGGAGACUGUGAUGACAGAGGCCAUGUGGGGUACAAGGUAUAUGAAGAAAUUGCUUCCACCAGCUCUGGUCAAGUAUUUCACCUAGACAAGAAGCAAGUUAAAGAGGUAUUGAAAUGGGUAGAAGAGACUGUUCAAGCUUCCAAGGUUCAUCUUAUGUCCACAGACCACUCGAGUGAGGCAUCAUUCACCUGGGAAAUCCCCUUUGAUCCAAGCCUUAAAGAAGUCACUGUGUCACUGAGUGGGCCAGCACCAGACAUUGAACUGUACAAUCCAUUGGGGAGACAGAUGAAGCCAGAAACAGGUCUCAAUGAAUUACUGAACAUAUACAAUUCUGCCAAAGUCUUAAAUAUCAAAGAACCAAUACCGGGGAUGUGGAAAAUUAAGACAUCAAGCAGUGCACGGCAUUCAGUGAGAAUCACAGGUGUCAGUACGGUGGAUUUCCAAGCAGGAUUCUCCAAUAAACCUACAUUAGAUUUCAGCAAAACUUCCAGCAGACCCAUAGAAGGCAUCCUUACAUAUGUGCUUCUAAAUACAACUGGAUUGCAGCAUCCAGCUAGAAUCGAUCGUCUUGACUUGCUGACUAUCUCAGGAAAGCUUCUGGAGUCCAUUCCAGUAAAAUAUUACCCUGAUAAGAUACCCUAUGAAAUAUGGAAUGUAACUGAGUUUAUUCCACCAAAUGAAGCAUUCAUUUUAAGAAUAACAGGAUACGAUAAAGAUGAUUACUUGUUUCAACGGGCAUCCAGUGUUUCCUUCUCAAAUAUUAUUCCAGGAGUUCCAAAAGUGUCAAUGCCUGAAGUAACUCCUGGGUAUUACUUGCAGCUUGGUCACAUUCCAUGCUCUGUUGAAAGUCUCAUACCUAUAACCUUGCACUUCAGUAAAAAUGGGGUUCGACUUGGUCCAGAACAAAAGUUCAGAGAAUCAGUCAAUACAAGUUGGGUAAUAGCCAAUGUCUCUUCCCUUGAUGAGGGCUAUUAUGACUGUUUUGUUACUAGCAGUGCAGGAAGUGGACGAGCCCGGACAUUUCUAGAUGUAAAUGAACCACCACCUGUAAUUAAAGCUUCAAAUAAUAUCACCAUCAACAUUGGAAAGCAAGCAAUAUUGAGUUGCAAUGUUUUAAGCACCGUCAGUUACAAUUUAACAUGGCUGAGAAACAAACUUGAUUUACGUCAGGCAAGUGUUUCAGGGAUUCAGGUUCUGAGUAAUAACUCUCUGAAGAUAAUAAGUGUGGAUAUUACCGAUGCAGGGGAGUAUAUCUGCUUUGCAUCAAAUGAAGGUGGAACAGCUGCAGCUUCUGUAAUUCUUACUGUACAAGACCCACCCAAAGUUUUAGUAGAGCCCAAAAAUGAAACAUUUACUAAAGGACUUAGAAUUAAGCUGAAAUGCUCUGCAACGGGAUUCCCUGUGCCUCAGAUUGUUUGGACCCACAACGACAUGUUCCUUACGUACUCUAGCAGAUAUGUGAUAACUGAAGAUGGCAGCUUUAUUAUUAAAAAUGCAGUGGAAAAAGAUUCUGGAAUUUACACAUGUCUGGCUGCUAACAAUGCUGGAACAGAUAGACAGACAUCCAAACUUACUUACAUAGAGGCCCCUGUGGUGACAGUUUUCAGAAAAGAAAUGUUAAUAGCAGUUGAUACCGAGGCAAAUAUAGAAUGCAAGGCAACGGGGAUUCCAGAGCCACAGUUUGAUUGGUAUAAAGGAGAUGUAAAGUUGAGUACAUCCUCACACAUUUCUAUUGAUCACAUUCAUGGAACACUAGCAAUUAAAAGUACACAGUAUAUUAAUGCUGGGGAAUAUACUUGUGAGGCAAGGAAUGAAGCAGGAAAAUCAAGUGGAAAAGUAACAAUUACUGUUGGUGCUGCUCCUGUGUUCACACAGAGCCCUAGUGAUAUAGCAAUAGAUAUUGGAUCAAAUGUAAUUUUGCCUUGUUCGGUCCAAGGAUUCCCAGAACCAAAAAUAAAAUGGAGUAAGUUAACUGGAACAACAGCAUCAUCAAAGCCACUUGUACCACAGCAGAAGACUGGAGCACUAAAGAUUACCAAUCUGUGGGUAGGAGAUGAAGGUACCUACAUCUGUGAAGCUGAAAAUCAAUUUGGAAAAAUCCAAGCCCAGGCCACUGUUACAUUAACUGGACUAGUAAUUCCUGUUAUUGGUGAGAGCCCUCCUGUGGUCAAUGUUAUCGAAGGAAACCAAGUUACAUUGCCAUGCAUUCUGUUAGCUGGGAAUCCUCUUCCUGUGAGGCAAUGGCUCAGGAACAAUGAAGUAUUGAUCUCCAGCCCAUACGUUAGCAUACGUUCUGAUGGAACCCUUCAUCUUGAAAGUGUUCAUUUAAAAGACAGUGGAGAGUAUAUAUGUGUAGCAACAAAUGUUGCUGGUACAAGCAGAAGAGUUACAGCUGUUAAUGUACAUGUUAUUCCAGUUAUAAAACAUGGACCACAGAUAUUCAGCACAGUUGAAGGAAAUGCAAUAUCUUUGCCAUGCAAAGCCAGUGGAGUCCCUACACCAUCGAUUAUUUGGAAAAAGAAGGGUGAAAAUGUUGUUCCAAACAAUGGCACUAUAUUGAUUGACUCAGAUGGAAGUCUGUUCCUGUCUACUCCACAUGGGGAGGAUUCUGGGGAGUACUCCUGCAGUGCAAUUAAUGCUGCUGGUUAUGCAACACGUAAAGUUCAGUUAACAGUUUAUGUAAAGCCCAGAAUCCUAAAUACAGGAUCAUCGAGUCUUCAGGAUGGCUUUAAAGGUCAAAUUGAGAUAUCAGCAAAAGUGAGUGAUGAUGUGGUGCUUCCUUGUGAGGUCAAAAGUGUUCCUCCACCAUUUAUUACCUGGGCCAAAGAGACACAACUCAUUUCACCUUUUUCUCAGAGACACACUAUUCUACCACCUGGCUCAAUGAGGAUAUUAGACGUUAGGGUUACUGACGCUGGAACAUAUACUUGUGUAGCUACAAACAUAGCAGGAAAUGUUACUCAAAUAGUAACACUCAAUGUCUAUGCCCCACCCAAAAUCCAGCGUGGCCCUCAAAUGAUAAGAAUACAAGUUAAACAAAGCUUUGAAAUUGCCUGCAUAAGUCAAGGGAUCCCACCACCAAGAACAGCCUGGUUUAAAGAUGGAAGAAUGUUGACGCUGGAUGAAAAGCUUCAGCACUUUACAAUCAGAGUUGCUAGUGCUGAACUUUCAGAUGCUGGAGUAUACACUUGCAUUGCCAGUAACAUGGUUGGUCAGGACAGUGCAAAUGUGACAAUAGAGGUUCAAGCACCACCUACGUUGUCUGAUUUGGAGCCUCCUUAUGACAAAACACACCAGGAAAGGCUUUCAAGUCAACAGGUUGCAUUUCCCUGCCCUGCAAAAGGUAAUCCUAAACCGGUUAUUAAAUGGUUACGUAACAACAAAGAGUUAUCUGGGACAGAACCUGGUAUCAAGAUUGCAGAAGAUGGGACUCUGCUCAUCAUCAGUUCUUUGACAUCGUAUGACAAUGGAGAAUAUAAGUGUGUGGCCUCUAAUCAGGCAGGAUUGACGGAAAGGAAAUAUAAUUUGAAAGUUCAUGAUCCUCCAGCUAUUAAAGACAAGGAAAAACUGACAAAUGUAUCCGUUUUGUUGAGUCAUGACACAAACUUAUUUUGUGAUGCUACAGGAAGUCCGCCACCUUUUAUCACAUGGUAUAAUGGAAGUACUCAGGUCAUUGAAAGUGAUAAUAUCAAGAUUUUAGAAAAAGGAAGAAUUCUGAAGAUUAUGAAAACAACCUUGUCACAUUCUGGAUCUUUUAGUUGCACUGCCAGCAACAUUGCAGGGAGUGAUGAAAAGCACUUCUUUGUAGAUGUGCUAGAACCACCUGAAAUUGCUGGUCGUGGAACAGUCGAUGAUAUUUCUGUAAUUAUUGGAAGAGCGGCUAAGUUAAAAUGUGAGGUAAAAGGAAAGCCCUAUCCUGCUAUUCAGUGGUUCAAAGAUAAUAGAUUAGUUGGAGGAGGAGACACAAAUGUUAAUAUUUUAGAAAAUGGACAAACUUUGUACAUAAAGAACUCACGUUUAACUGACAGUGGACAAUAUAAAUGCGUAGCAACCAAUUCAGCUGGUUUGCAAACUAAAGAAAGUAAAUUAGUUGUUAAUGUUCCACCCAGCAUUAAGAAUGAAAACACUACGACAGAGUUAUCUUUUAAUGUGGACAGCAGAGUCAGCCUUGAAUGCGAUGUUUGGGGAAUUCCUCACCCUGCAAUAACAUGGUAUACAGAUGGUAAAAGAAUUCAGGCGAGCACACAUAUCAGUUUCAUUGAAAAUGGCAAAUAUCUUCAUAUUUCAGAGGUGAAGGUUACACAUUCAGGCAAAUACAAGUGUUAUGCAACCAAUUCUGCAGGACAUGCUGAGAGAGAGUAUCUGCUUGAUGUUUAUGCUCCGGCUUCCAUUCAUAAAGACUUAAGCAAGCCUCAAACCACAAAGGUCAUAGUUGGUAAAACACUUGUACUGGAAUGUGAAGCCACAGGACAUCCAUUACCCUUAAUCACUUGGCUAAAAGAAGGAGUGCCUAUACAGAUAAGUGAUAACAUACGACUUCUGUAUAAUGGAAAAAAGCUGGAGAUAAAGUCAACAGUGGAGUCUGACCAAGGACAGUAUAUCUGUGUGGCCACAAAUCUAGCAGGAAAAUCUGAAAUGAUAUACAAUGUUCACAUUUUAGUACCGCCAACUAUAGAGGAUAUUGAUGAUCCAGGAGAGUACACUGUCAUUGCCAGCAAUCCUGUGGAACUGGAAUGCUAUAUCAAAGGAAUCCCCCUUCCAGCUGUAAUGUGGCUAAAAAAUGGAAUUCCUCUUGAGCCAAGCAAUGAUUUGCAUAUUCAAGACAAAGGACAAAAGCUCAUAAUUUCAAGCUCAGGCUCAUCCGAUAGUGGAGUUUAUGAGUGUGUUGUGAAAAAUGAGGCUGGGACAAGUAGAAAAAUAUUUAACGUCAAUGUGCAUGUCCUGCCUUCCAUUAAACCUGAGCCAUCACCAUUGUCUGUUGUAAUGCGCAAACCCAUCAUUUUGCAGUGUAUUGCUACUGGAAUUCCUAGCCCACAAAUCACAUGGUUAAAGGAUGGACUACCAUUUAAUAUCAUUAAAGAAAAUAUCUCAGUGGAAUCGUUUGGUCGUAUUCUACAUUUCAAAAGCACAAUGACAGAUGAUGCGGGGAAGUAUUCCUGUGUGGCAAGCAAUGCAGCUGGAGAGGCUGAGCAAAGCAUAUGGCUAAAUGUCUAUGAACCACCCAAAAUAGAGAAUUCGGACGAAGUCCACCAUGAAACCAUACUUGGCAAUCAAUCUGUAAGACUGGAAUGCAAAGCAUCAGGCAACCCCGAUCCUGUUGUAACUUGGUUAAAAGAUAACCAUCCCCUUACAAUUGUUGAUAAUAUUCUCCUGUCAAAUCAAGGACAAGUCCUCCAGAUAACAAAUGCAAAGAUACACAAUGCCGGUGUAUAUAAAUGUGUUGCAAGCAGCCUCGUAGGGACAGCUGAAAUGACUUAUGUCUUACAAGUUCAUGUUCUACCUUCCAUUUUUGGUAACAAUGAUCCUGUAUCUGUGAUAGUCAACAAACCCGUCAGAUUAGAAUGCGAAGCCACAGGGUUCCCAGCUCCCAGUUUAACAUGGCUAAAAGAUGGCAUCCCAGUUUCCAGUAUCAGUGGCGGAAUUCAGAUUCUUUCAGGUGGAAGAGUUCUAAUGCUAGCCAAUACACGGAUUGGAGAUGCAGGGAAAUAUACAUGUGUGGCAGUUAAUGCUGCAGGAGAACAUCAAAAGGAUUUUGAUUUAUCUGUGUAUGUGCCACCAAACAUAAUGGGAGAACAGCAAAAUAUAACAAUCCUAAUGGGCCAAAAACUUUCACUGAAAUGUGAAAGCAAUGCAAUACCACCUCCUGUGCUGAUGUGGUUUAAAGACUGGAGACCAUUGGUAAACAGACCAGGACUUGGCAUUUCUGAGAGUGGACAGUUUUUGGAGAUUGAAAAUGCUCAAGUGAAGGAUACUGGACGGUAUUCUUGUGAGGCUGUAAAUAUUGCUGGAAGAACACAAAGGAAUUUUAAUGUGAAUAUUUUAGUUCCUCCAACGAUAAAAGAUUCAGAGGAAGAAUCAGAUGUUACAGUAAUUGAAGGAACACUGAUAAGUCUUGUGUGUGAUUCCAGCGGUAUUCCACCCCCAGCACUGACUUGGAAAAAGAAUGAUACUCCAGUAACACCGGACAGCAAAGGUCGGAUUCGUUUUCUGUCAGGAGGGAGACAUCUUCAUAUUGCAGUUGCUAUGGAAUCUGAUGCAUCAUCAUAUACAUGCACGGCUUCCAACACAGCAGGGAAUGCAGCAAAAAAGUAUAAUGUGAAGGUUUAUGUACAUCCCAGUAUAUCGGGAGGUGGACCUGCACCCUUGGAUGUGGUAGUAAUUGAAGAAAAUAAUGUGACUAUGGAAUGUGACCCUAGUGGAAGUCCACAACCCAUGCUGACUUGGCUUAGAGAAGGGAUUCCUUUAAAUAAUGGGGAUGGACUUAAAAUCCUCAGAAAUGGAAGACAGCUACAUUUAGAAAAAGCACAGGCUUCAGAUUCUGGACUGUAUCUAUGUGUAGCAGUGAAUGUGGCUGGGCAAGCGGAUAAAAAAUAUGAUUUAAAGGUGUUCGUCCCUCCAAGAAUUUUGGGAUCAUUUGAAGAGCAUGAAAAUGUAAGUGUAGUGGAGAGAAAUCCAGUGACUUUAACAUGUGAAGUAUCGGGUAUCCCACCACCCAAAAUAACAUGGUUCAAAGAUGGUCAGCCCAUUCACCCAAACAAUACACCUCAAGUCAUGUCAGGUGGUAUGACCUUACGGUUUGUGCACACAGCCCUCUCUGAUGCUGGAAGAUACAAGUGUGUUGUGUCCAAUGCUGCUGGAGUGAAAAAUAAAGAGUUCCACCUUAAUGUAUUAGUGCCCCCAAGACUUACAGGAAAUGUUUUGGAAGACAUAAAAGUGAAAGAAAAAAGUGACGUUGUCCUUUCCUGUGAAGCAACAGGCAAUCCUGUACCACAAAUAACCUGGCUAAAAGAUGGACAGCCAUUACAAGAGGACACCCAUCAUCGUAUUAAAGAUGGCGGCCAACACUUUCAAAUUAUUAGUGCCAUGGAAACUGACACAGGAAGAUACACUUGCAUUGUUUCCAAUUUAGCAGGGGAUAAAAGCAGAAGAUUUAGUCUUGCUGUGAUGGUAUCUCCAAUAAUCUCUGGUGCUAAACCAAAAGAAUCUCCUGAGGAUAUCAGUGUAAUUCAGGACAGCUCUGUAUUAUUGGCCUGUGAAGUUCAUUCCAUUCCUACAUCUACCAUAGUCUGGUAUAAAGAUGGACAACAAAUACAUUCCAAGGAUAACAUCAGAAUUCUCCCAGGAGGGCAUACUCUACAGAUCUUGAAGGCCCAUGAAGACAACUUUGGAAAGUACAGCUGCAUUGCUGCUAAUGAAGCAGGAGUGGCUGAACAUCAUUAUAAUUUGAAAGUUUACACUCCUCCUCGUAUUACAAAGGAUAAUCUUGCAGGAACCGGAUAUUUAUCAAAGCAGAUAAAAGCUAAAGUGGGCACAAACAUUUCAUUAGAAUGUAAUGUGCAGGCUUUCCCAGUAGCCACAGUUAGGUGGUACAAAGAUGGGCAGCCACUUGAUCCUAGAAGUCUUAUAGUUAAUGGUAACAAGCUUAACAUAGAUAAAGCAGACUUGUCUGAUACAGGACGUUAUACAUGUGUGGCCUCCAAUGUUGCUGGAGAAGAUGAACUCGAUUUUGAUGUCAAUAUACAAGUUCCUCCAAACUUCCCGAAGUUGUCUAGCCUCCUGCUGAAUACUGACAGCAGCAUCGUGGAAAGAAUAGGAGAGAGAAAAGAUGUUAUUGUCAACAAUCCAUUUACUCUGUAUUGUGAAACAAAUGCCAUUCCACCACCAACUAUCACAUGGUAUAAAGAUGGCAAGGUUCUAACUUCCAGUGACAAGACAUUUCUAUCACCAGGUGGACACAGUCUACAGAUUGCAAGAGCACGCAUGGAGGAUGCUGGGACAUACAGUUGUGUUGCUGUAAAUGAGGCAGGAGAGGAUUCCCUGCAGUAUAAUGUGCGAAUACUAUUGCCACCAACCUUUGAGGGGGGAAGUGAAAAUUUGUCAGAGGAUGUAUCAUUUCUGGCAAAUCAGACAGUGUUGCUGGACUGUGUGGGGGAAAGCAUUCCUGCUCCAACUGUGAGCUGGCAGAAGGAUGGACAGGCCAUUAAAGAUGGAAAGCACUAUCAGAUUUUAUCCGAUGGAAGAUACUUGCAGAUCUCAAAUGCUGAGUUAUCAGAUACUGGUCGUUACAUCUGCAUUGUGGAGAAUGUAGCAGGAAGUGCACAGAAAUUGUUCAAGCUGAACAUCUAUGUUCCCCCCAAAGUCACAGGGGAUGCCUUUGAAAAUGUUACUGCCAUAGAAAAUGAUUUCAUCUCCCUAUCAUGUGAUGUAACUGGAUUUCCACCACCUGCAAUAAAUUGGAUAAAGGAUGGCAAUGUCCUCAGUUCUAGCAAGCAUCUAUUAAUUGUCCCAGGUGGUCGAGUUUUGCAGAUUCCUCAGAUGAAACUAACAGACGCUGGUGAUUAUGUAUGUGUGGCCAUCAAUCAAGCCGGUGAAAGCAAGAAAACAUUCUACCUUAGUAUUUUUGUUCCUCCCACCAUCAUAGGUAGUGGCAGAGAUUCUAGUACUGAGGUGAACAUUAACAUUGCUACAUCUGCGUCACUUGAAUGCUUUACAAAUGCUGUCCCACCUGCUGUCAUUAACUGGUAUAAAAAUGGUCAAAUGCUCUUGGAAUCCACAAAUUACAUUAUUCUGGAUGAAGGACAAAUAAUGAAGAUAAAGAAUGCCCAGGUAUCUGAUACUGGUGAAUAUGAAUGUGUAGCAACCAAUGUUGCUGGGCAAGACAAGAAGACAUUUUUAGUGAAUGUUUAUGUACCACCCAGUAUACAAGGUCCCCAAGUGGAAUAUAAUAAUGGAAUCAUUGAAAACUCUGUUACCUUGCACUGCAAUGCUUAUGGUAUACCCCCUCCAACAAUUACCUGGCUUAAGGAUGGAAAUCCUAUAAAUUAUUCAGAUUCCUUGGAAAUACUCUUUCUUUCUGGAGGAAGUAUUAUGAAGAUAACCAGGGCUCAGCUGACAAACAGUGGGAAUUACACAUGUCUUGCAUCAAACAUAGAAGGCAGCACUCACAAAACCUUCAUUUUGGCUGUUCAAGUUCCCCCUAGCAUUACUGGGUCUGGAACAUCCAAUGAAGUCAAUGCUCUGCCAGAUGAUGAUGUACAGCUUAUGUGUAAGACCAGAGGAGUCCCAACACCUGUGGUCCAUUGGUCAAAGGAUGGCCAACCCAUUAACACUGAUGAUCGCCUUAACAUCAGGAAAAUUGAUAAUGGGGAGAUACUAUCCAUUCCAAAAGUCCAAAGAGCUGAUAUGGGAAAAUACACAUGUGUAGCUAUCAAUUUAGCAGGCGAAGAUGAUCGCAUUUUUCACCUAAAUGUGUAUGUUCCUCCCAAGAUUGCUGAUAAUGAAGAAACAGUGUCAAUAGCAGCAGCUUUGGAGACAUCAGUAAACAUUGAAUGUUUUGUAACUGGUGAUCCAACACCACAAAUCAACUGGCUAAAAAAUGGCCUUCCUCUUCCUGUAUCCUCACAAAUACGACCUCUUUCUUCUGGAAAAAUCUUAAGGAUUUCAAGAUUACAGAAAUCUGAUGAAGGAUUCUACACAUGCGUGGCUUCAAACAGGGCUGGUGUUGACAAAAAAAAAUACAAUUUAAAGGUGUACAUUGCGCCAACUAUGGACGGUUCAGAUAUAACCGAGGAGCUCACCACCAUCAAGGGAAAUCCAACUACAAUGAGGUGCAUUGCUGAUGGAUACCCUGAACCCCAUAUCUCAUGGUUAAGAAAUGGAAAAUAUAUUGACCUUGUGCCCAAUAAAGGGACAACAUUCCACAUCCUGAAUACCGAAAUUACUGAUAUUGGUAGAUAUACAUGUACUGCAACUAACGAGGCAGGCAGUAUCAGCAAACAUUUCAUACUAAAUGUUCUGGAGCCACCACAUAUAAAUGGGUCAAGGUACAUUGAUGAAUUAUCAGUAACUAUCAAUAACCAAGUGGAGCUGGUUUGCUAUACAACAGGAUUUCCCUCUCCACUAAUUAAUUGGCUUAAAGACGGUCAGCUUCUUUCUCAGACUGAGAAUGUGCACUUUAUUAAAGGGGGGCAGAUACUUCAAAUAACCAGUGCACAGGAAGAAAAUGUAGGGUUGUAUACCUGCCUGGCUUCAAACAAUGCUGGAAACACCAAGAAAGAAUUUUCUGUAAAAGUUCACAUGCCCCCUAACAUUGCUGGCAUCAAUGGCAUCCAUAAUAUAACUUCACUUAAGGAUAAACAAGUUACUCUGGAAUGUAAAUCAGAUGCUGUCCCUCCACCAGAAAUCACGUGGCUAAAGGAUAAUAAGCCAUUGUUGCCCAGUGUUAGAAUACACAUUGAAUCUGAUGGACGAUUUGUACAUAUCAAUAGUGCAGAGGUGGAAGAUGCUGGACAUUAUAUCUGUAUUGCUAGAAACAUUGCUGGAAAAACUACCAGGGAGUUUAUCCUUAAUAUAUAUGUUCCUCCAACAAUAAAAGAUGGACCAAACCUAGUUACAAGUUUUGUCAACAAUCCUGCCAAUUUGGAGUGCAAGGCUGCUGGAGUCCCACUGCCCCGCAUAUCAUGGAGAAAAAAUGGAGCUAUCCUCCAUGAGAACAAUGAGAGGUAUACUGUUAUGGAAUCUGGCACACUUUAUUUUCCAUCAGCCAAUGUUACAGACUCUGGCCUGUACACCUGCCUUGCAGCUAAUGCAGCUGGAUCGAACCAGAAGCAGACCAAACUUUUGGUUUAUGAUCCUCCACUGAUAAACUCUGGCUCAACAAAUAUUACCACAAUAGUGAAUAAUGAAAUAACAUUAAACUGUGAAGUAACAGGUACCCCUAAACCAACAGUGGAAUGGAAGAAAAAUGGACUGUUAAUAAACACAAAUAUGAAUUACAACAUUUACAGAUUUCUUUCUUCAGGAUCUCUCAUAAUCAUUUCGACAGCUGUAGAAGACACAGGGAUGUAUGUGUGUUUUGCUUCAAAUGAUGCAGGUCAUGAUGAAAUUGCAAUUUAUCUUUCAGUACUUGUGCCACCUUCCAUCGCUGAUGAAGUAACAAAUAUAUUUAUUAAUAAAUUGUCAUCAUCCAUAAUUCCUUGUACUACGUAUGGUGUUCCACAGCCUGUAGUUCAUUGGUUGAAGGAUGGAAUUCGCCUUCCAGCUGUUGGAGAAAGUUACAAGAUAUUGAGUUCUGGAAGUAUUGAAAUACCACGUACAGACUUAACCCAUACUGGAAGAUACUCUUGCAAGGCAAUAAAUGAGGUUGGCUCGGCUGAGAUUCAUAUAAAUCUCUAUGUUCAAGAGGUUCCUGUUAUAUACAGUCAAGGUGAUUACUUUGAAGCCACAGUAAACAAUUCCAUCACACUUUCAUGUGAAGCACUUGGGACACCUUCACCCACUAUCACGUGGCAAAAGGAAGGUGUUGGCAUCAAAACAGGGGGUCAUUUUACUAUGUUUAUUAAUGGCAACCUUAACAUUGCAUAUGUUACACAAGAAGAUGGCGGUACUUAUACUUGCAUUGCCCAAAAUCCAGCUGGAACAGCAUUGGGGAAGAUAAAACUUAAAGUUCUUGAGCCACCAUUAAUAAAACCACAUAAGAAAGAAUAUACAGUUGUAGUGGAUGAGCCUGUCACAAUGAUCUGUGAGGCCUUUGGCAACCCGAUGCCAGAGAUUGCUUGGCAUAAAAAUGGAGCACCUCUUUCCAAGUCAGCUGUACAGAGAAUAAUCGGCACUGGAGCUCUUCAAAUAGGAUAUGCACAGCCUGAUGAUGCAGGCCUGUACACAUGUACAGCAGAAAAUGCAGUGGGAUCCAUGAGCUCCAGUAUGAAUCUAUCGGUUUUAGUUCCUCCUCAAAUUCAAAAAAAAAUUAAUGAAUUAUUUGUGAUACAAAGUUUUCCAGUUACUAUUCCUUGUAAUACAUAUGGAAUUCCUACUCCAUCAAUAGCCUGGACAAAGAACAAUGUUUCAAUAGCAGAUAACAGUGAAAAAUAUGCUGUGACUAAAUCUGGGGAUUUAAUUUUGCGUCAAACAGAGCAUCAUGAUAUGGGUAAUUACACCUGUACUGCCAGUAAUAUUGUUGGGAAGGAUUCUCACACAAUUAGUAUCACUAUCCAGUAUGGUCCAUCCUUUACAGAACUGCCUUCAGAUGUAUCAUUGAAUAAAGAAGAAAAACUGAGAUUAACAUGUAAAGCGACAGGAAACCCUCGCCCUCAGAUAACAUGGACAUUUAAGCAUAAAUCAACACCUGUGCAGAUUGGGCAAUCUAAAUAUCUGAAUGAUUUUGUAAUUGAGAGGGUUUCAAAAGAGGAUUCUGGCACCUAUACUUGCAUAGCAGAAAAUAUUGUUGCAUCAAUUAAUACUACAGUGAAAGUUUUUGUAAAAGAGCCUCCUGUUCUUGUUGGGUUCCACCACACCAAUCUGACUGCAGCACUAGGAGGCAGCAUUAUCCUAAAUUGUAUAGUACAAGGGAAUCCUAUACCUAAAAUUCAGUGGAAUAAGAAAGAAAAUGAUAUCCCUUUUAAUAGGCGAUUUAAACAGUUCAAUAAUGGCUCUCUUGCAAUUUACAACACAACAAAUGAAGAUAUUGGUGAUUUUAUAUGUAUAGCUACAAAUGAUGCUGGAACAAUGGGGCACACGGUAACACUGUCCCUGCAAAAACCUCCCAUUAUAAAGAGUCCUCCAGUUGACAUGACAGUUAAUGCUGGUACAUCUGUGGUUUUGAAUUGUCAAGCAGAAGGAGAACCAGUGCCUGACAUUUUCUGGUCUCGUCUUACUCGUCCUAUUUCUGGGGAUAGCCGUUUCUCAAUAUUGUCAAAUAAAUCUCUGCAUAUAGUUGCUGUUCGUAAAGAAGAUACAUCAGUGUAUGAAUGCAGGGCUACAAAUGUCAUGGGAUCAGCUGUGGCUAAGUCUUCUUUCAUUGUUCAAGUUCAUGGUGGAUUUUCCGAAUGGCUGCCAUGGCAAUCCUGCAGUGUGACUUGUGGUCAAGGAAUACAAAAAAGGAUGAGGCUGUGUGACAAUCCAGCCCCAGCAAAUGGUGGAUUGUAUUGCCAGGGAGAAGAAUCCGAGACCCGUCUCUGUCAAAAUAAACCUUGCCCAGCUGAUGCAAGUUGGUUAGACUGGAGCCCAUGGGAAGAGUGCUCUAAAACUUGUGGAAGUGGCAAACAAACAAGAACAAGAAUUUGCAAUAUUCCUCCAGCCCAAGAAGGAGGAAAGACAUGUGAUGGAAAAGCUAUUGACACCAAAGUUUGUAACAUCAAAUCCUGCCCAGUUGAUGGAGAAUGGAGUUCCUGGCAAGUGUGGGGUCCAUGCAGUAAGACAUGUGGGAAGGGAACUCAAAUACGUGCAAGGCUCUGUAAUAAUCCACCUCCAUCCUUUGGUGGAACAUUUUGUGAAGGACAAGACACGCAAUCACAAAUAUGUAACAUACGCCAUUGUCCAGUGGAUGGGAAAUGGUCACCCUGGGGAAGUUGGACACCUUGCAGUGUUUCCUGCAAUGGAGGCCUUCGACAAAGAACUCGUGAAUGUUCCAGUCCACAACCACAAUACGGAGGCCACAAGUGUAAAGGGAAAGCAUUUGAGAAUGAGUUUUGCAACGGAGACUCAUGUCCUAUUCAUGGAAACUGGGGACCAUGGAGCGCAUGGGAAACAUGUAGUCGUACAUGCAAUGGAGGCCAGAGGAGGAGGCAUCGCACCUGUGACAGCCCUACUCCUUCACAUAAUGGAAGAGGAUGUGCUGGAAAGGAUACAGAAAUACACAAGUGUAACACUGAAAUAUGUCCUGCUGAUAGUAACUGGGGUCCAUGGGAAGCAUGGAGUAAAUGUUCUGUAUCAUGUGGAGGUGGCCAACAGAUUCGAACGCGUAUUUGUAAACAUCCUGUCAGGUCCAACAAUGGCCGAACAUGCCCAGGGGAUUCCACGCAGCUUUUGAGAUGUAAUGUUCAAGGUUGCCAGGGAGGAGUUCAGUCUGUAAGAGGAACGUUAUCAGGAACCAUUAAUGAUGUUGACCUUCACAUUGCACAGCUAAAUGGUUCAGUUUCCAACAAUUCGGAAUCACAUGCAAGUACAAUUAAAGCAACAUUUACAAACAUCCCUAAAAGUCUUGGUUCUUCUAUGAGGAAUCUUGCAUCUUUAUUGGAUCCCAUAUAUUGGACAGUAGCAAAAGAAAGAGGAGAAGCAGUAAAUGGAUUUACUCUGACGGGUGGUGAAUUUAUAAGAGAAACUCAAGUGGAAUUUGCAACAGGAGAAAUCAUGAGAAUCACUCACAAUUCUCGCGGUCUUGAUGCUGAUGGCUUCCUCUUGGUGGACACAGUGGUGAAAGGAUAUAUUCCACAGUUACCUAUUUCUACUAACAUCAAAUUAAAGGGUUACACAGAGGAUUAUGUCCAGACUGGUCUUGGACAACUUUAUGCUUAUUCAACAAGAAUGUUCUAUCUCGACGAAGUGAGUGUGCCAUACACCUGGAAUCACACUGUCAGCUAUGACCCCAGCCAUGGAAAAAUGCCUGUCAUGUUGGAGACUUUGCAUGUGUCUUCCAUAGGAGCGGAUUACAAUCCAUUAGAAGAAACUCUAAGCUUUCAAAUGCAUGCUUUCAUCUCCAAAGGUGACAUUGAUGACCAGUGUCCUCCUGGAUUUAGUUAUGACAUCUCUGGACUUUAUUGUGCAGAUGAUGAUGAAUGUGCCAUAAACAGUCCAUGCACACAAUCUUGCCAUAAUAUUAUGGGGAGUUACUACUGUUCAUGCCCUAAAGGCUUCAUGACUUCACCAGAUGGAAGGACGUGUCUUGAUAUUGAUGAAUGUACACUGGAAGAGUCUGUGUGUCGCAAAAAUCAAGAGUGUAAAAAUUCCAUUGGUUCUUAUAUUUGUGUACUAAAGUGUGGAACUGGAUUUACAGCUGCUCCUAAUGGCCUGGAAUGCCAAGACAUUAAUGAAUGCAAGGAGUCAAAUCCUUGUCAUCAACGCUGCUUCAAUACAAUUGGAAGCUAUCGCUGUGGAUGUGAUCCAGGUUAUCAUUUGAAAGGCAGAAGUUGUUUUGAUUUAAAUGAAUGUCAUCAGAAUGUAUGUCGACCUGAUCAACUUUGCAGAAACACACGUGGAAGUUAUAAGUGCAUUGACAUUUGUCCCAUUGGAUUUACAAAGGCUGAAAAUGGAUCAUGCGUAGAUAUUGAUGAGUGCAGGGAUUCUUCACAUCGUUGUAAAAGCAAUCAAAUAUGUGAAAACACACAGGGAAGAUAUCUGUGUGUUUGUCCUCGUGGAUUCAAGUCUGAAGGCCCUGGAAAGCCAUGCAAAGACGUAAAUGAAUGUGAAAAGCAAGAUGUGUGUCAACAUGAAUGCAGAAAUGUUCUUGGAAGUUAUCAGUGCUUAUGUCCUACUGGUUACCAGCUCAUGGCCAAUGAAAAGACAUGCCAAGAUAUAGAUGAAUGCCUUGUUCAUAACAUUCAUUGUGGGGUAAAUCAGAUGUGUUUCAACAUGAGAGGAAGCCACCAAUGCAUAGAUACCCCUUGUCCUCCUAAUUAUGUGCGCGACUCUUCUGGGUAUUGUUUGAAAAAUUGCGCACCGAAUGAUCUGGAGUGUGCGCUUAGCCCAUAUGCCUUGCAAUACAAGCUGGUUUCACUUCCAUUUGGUAUCGCUGCUAACCAGGACUUAAUUCGCUUGGUUGCCUAUACACAAGAUGGCAUAUUACAUCCAAGAACAACUUUUCUGAUCACCGAUGAAGAUUCUACAGUGCCAUUUUCUAUAAGAGAAGAAAACAUGAAGGGCGUAGUAUUUACCAACAGACCACUUAAAGAACCAGAAACCUACAGAAUGAAAGUGAGGGCCUUAUCAUACAGCACAGAUCGCACCAUUGAAUAUCAGACUACUUUUAUUGUUUAUAUUUCUGUGUCUCCCUAUCCUUAUUAAGGUAUUUUACAGUUGUAGGAAACAAUUCUGAGAAAUGAAAUGCAAUGACUGUAAAUUGUAAAUGUUUGCACUGUAUCAAUCACAUGGAAGUAUUAAUAAGACAAGGUGUUGUAGCCCAUAGCAACCAACAGGAAUCCAGCAGUCACUAAUCUGGUUCUAAUAAACUACUCUUUGCUCUAAAUUUGAUUUAAAAAAUAUGAACAAAAGUUACACCUUCUCUUUUCAGUUAUAAUGGAGAACAAGCAAAAAUGUAACAAUAGCUUCCCACUUUGUCAGAGGUUGUAUGUCACCAGCAAGUAGAAUGGGAUUUCCAGGGGCUAAUAGUGUAAGAAGUAUUCAAUGCAGUACCAGAACAAGGUUUUUUAGCACCCAAGGUAUAAAGGCCAAAGUGUGUCCCUUCAUGAGCUGUGUCUUAUGCCCCGUACACAUGGUCGGACUUUUGACCAGCCAAAAUCACAUCGGAAUUCCGACGGACUUCCAUCGGA